UUAAUCGUCACUGAUAGUCCCGCCCUACAUUGGUGUGGACGAUCAGCUGACCCUGACAGUGCAACAUCAUGGCAUCCCUGAUCGAGAGGCUGGGGUUCCUUCAAAAAGUGCCCACUCUGAUGAAAGCCACCUCAGACGAUGACACGCCAUGUCCUGGGUACCUGUUUGAAGAAAUUAGCAAGGUGUCCCAUGAGUCCGUGGGGGGCUGUCAGUGUCUGCUGCAGUAUCUCCUGGAGAGGCUGCAGAGCGAGUCCUGCCAUGUUAAACUGAAGGUGCUGAAGAUCCUUCUCCACCUCUGCACUCAUGGUUCGCAUCACUUCCUGUCUGAGCUCCGCAGAAACGCCACCUUCGUCCAGGAAGUGACUGUGUUCAGUGGCUCUCCCGACCCGGUCCAUGGAAUCGCACUGUACCAGAGAGUGCGGGCUGCAGCCCAGGAGCUGGCCAGUGUGCUGUUCUCUGACUCGGUGCUGCCCCCUCCUGCUCUGUCUCCCUGCAAAGCCUCUGUGCCCGCAGGAAUGGGCUCAGGCACGGGGCUGAAGUCUGGAAUGCAAGGCUUUGGAUACAGCCCCGGCAGAAACGUCUCCACAGAGGGCGCUCUUCUGGACAGGAUCCAGAAAGCCGCGGAGGUAGUGGCCAAUGCCAUCCUUCCUCACUCUGAGCUCCCCAGCUCCUGCCUCCACGACAACAACUACCAGCCUGUGAUGGCGCCCUCUGCUGCUGUGGAGGCCUCGGUGCAACUGUCAGCCGAAACCCCCCUGCCCUCCCACAGCAUGAAAGCAGCUCAACAGAGGCGUCCUGGCCUGGCUGGGGGAGGCUGGGAGGAGAGCGACAGCGGACACAGCUCCCAGAACUCCUCUCUGGAGAAUGGGGAUCUCAGCAGGGCGUCUGUGGGCGGAAGCAGCAAGUCAGGGACUGAUAGCCAAUCAGGAGCCAGCAGAGAGAGCGGGGAUCUUUCUGAAAGGAUGGAGGCCAUGCACUUGGGGGACUGUGCCCAGGAAAUGAUGCUGAUCAACACCAUGUCCCAGGGCUCAAAGGUCUUCCUGUCCAGAGACGAGACACAGCACUUUAUCAAGGAGUGUGCAAUCCUGAACUGUGAGGUGGUGGUGGAGCUGCUCAGCAAGAAGCUUCAGGACCCUGCAGGCACCGUCUCAAUGAGGUGUCUGUGUGCCCUGGCCUGCCUGAUGUCAACAGACCUGCUCUCCCUUGACCGGAUUUUUGCAGUGACCCAGAAGCCCUUGCUGCAGCUGAGCGAGGGUUCUGCAGGACCUGUGGCUAACAAGGCGACAAAGCUCCUGAGGCAGUUCGAGGCCCUGACAGCAGGUGGGAGACUGAACAGCAGCACCUCCUCCUCUUCUCUCCCUGCGACGUGUCCCCAGCUCCUAGACGGGUCUCCCGAAUCGAGGGGCAGUGGAGCUCUCUUACUGCCCUCUCACACAUCCUUGUGGAGGUCAGGUGACUACGCCUCUAAUUCAGGGUCAAAAACAGACAGUCAAACUGAAUCAGCUCUGCACAGUUCCAGCGUGGAAACAGACACAUGUAGCCACUCCUGCUGCCCGGAGCGAUUCGAAGACACUUGUUUGACAGACAGCAGGGACUCCCAGGACAGUGAAAACACUAACUAUUCACACAAACAGCAGAGGAACCCUUCCGAUGCUGAUUUUGAUUCAGUUGAGCUGCCCCCUGAACCUCUCGCUGGUAACCUGUCCCUGUUUAGCGGGAUGGAGCUUGUUACUAGAGGAAAGCCAGGGAGUGCCAGUUCCAAUGGAGGGACGACCACACAGCCUUUAAACUGCACCACAAUACAAGAGAACAAAACUGCAGGUGCUGCAGACUCUACAGACUGUACCACAGACAGCGCCACUGGGUCUCCACAGCCUGACACUGAACACAAGCACCUGUCUGCCUUCACCUUCCUCAAUGUUUAAAAUGCCAAGUCUGAUGUCUGCCAACAAAGUUAAUUAACCAAAAAAACCUACUUAAUUAAAACAAUUGUUGUUUAUUUUUGACACCAUUUUGUAUGAAAAAAAAUACAUAAUUUAAAUAAGUUACAGCUAGAGGCUGACUAAUACUGAACUGAAAUAUUCUGUAUUCAAAUCCCUGUUCGCAUUUGAGUGAAGGAUGGAACAGAUAGAUGUGGUAGGGCAUAGCGGAGUCCAGUAUUCAGAUGUGUCUGAGAAUUUGCCCAAUAUCGACAUUCUGAAUACUGCAAAGUGGAAUUUAAUUCCCAUUUGGGAUACUGUACUAAAACCGAAUCCAAUAGUCAAAUCAUAUUACUGUUACUGACUAACCAUAGGCAAGUAAAGCAAAUCCCUGUAAAAAACCUACACAAUUUGGGUAAAUGUGAGCUGCAAACCAUCUCAUCAUCAGGUAACAACACCAUUCAAGUGCAGGUUUUACACCCUUCCCCCCCCCCCCCCCGUGUAACAUUGCGAAGAACUGUAAUUCCACACUGAAAAUAAAAUAACUCCCUGUGAUAAUGCAACUGAUAACUAACUCUCAGCACAAAGUAACUUGACAGGAUGAUUGAGUAAUGAAUGGCUGAUUUCACAGACUCCGGUUAUCACUAAUCUUUGACUACUUUACCUAGGUAACAGUAGUGCGAAUGGGGUCUGUGACACAUCAAACUCACUUAUCACUAUUAGCAACAGUCUUGUACUGCCUUGCUGAAGGCAACAUGAUAGUCCAAGAAUAAUGCUAAUUGGAGUCUGUGAAAUCAGACAAAAAAAAAAAAAGUGUGUCUUAUACUGAAAAAGAAAUAAAAAUAUGUCUACACCUGA